AUGUCUGAAAAGAAAGAUCUCCAGGAUAUCGGUGACGAAAAGCCCGAGGCCUUGCACCGAGAAGAUACCAUAGACCAUCUCAAGCAGCAGCAGCGCCCGCAAGAUGGCGAUUACUCUGGCGCACGCAAGAAGACUGAUCCAGCUGAAAUCCGCUUGGUGCGCAAGCUCGAUAUAUGGAUUAUGCCCACUCUUUGGUUGAUGUACUGGCUAAACUACCUCGACCGCAAUGCCAUCGCCCUGGCUAGGCUGAAUGACCUUGAAGAGGAUCUGAAUCUCUCCUCGUCUCAAUACCAAACUUGCGUUUCCAUCCUCUUUGUUGGGUAUAUCCUCGGGCAGGUCCCUAGUAACAUGUUAAUCACACGACUGAGGCCAUCAUUGUACAUGUCCGGGGCCAUGGCUGCAUGGGCUGUGGUCAGUGCACUCACUGCAUUGGCCAAAGACUUUACAGGCCUUCUGCUAGUUCGGUUCUUCCUGGGUCUUACGGAAACCCCUUACUACCCCGGGGCCUUGUACAUGCUUUCUAUCUUUUACACGCGCAAAGAAAUUGCAACCCGCAUCUCCAUUCUCUAUACAGGAAACAUUCUUGCCACAGCCUUUGCUGGCCUUAUUGCCGCCGGUAUCUUCCAUGGUAUGGAUAAUCUGGGCGGCAUCUCUGGCUGGCAGUGGCUCUUCAUUCUCCAGGGUGCGGUCACCUUCGUCGUUGCCAUUGGUGCUGUCUUUGUACUCCCAGACGACCCUCUCAAUACCAGAUGGCUUAACCAGGAGGAGCGUCAACUCGCCCAUGACCGCAUCCUCGCCGAUACCGUCGGAGCUCGACACCAAACCAGCACCUUCAGCGGUGUGAAGGAGGCCGCUCGCGACCCCCGGGUUUGGCUCUUCGCCUUUAUGCAACACAUGCACCUAGCAGCCAACGGGUUCAAGAACUUCUUCCCAACGGCUGUUGAGACUCUAGGGUUCAACACAACCAUCACUCUAGUUCUUACAUGCCCGCCCUAUCUCAUUGCAGGGUUCAUAUCCGUGUUCUGGUCAUGGAGUUCCGGCCACUUCAACGAGCGAACCUGGCACAUCACCAUCGCCAAAACCGUUGCCAUAAUCGGUUUCGUGCUCGGCUGCGCAACCCUCAAUACCGGUGCAAGAUACUUCGCCAUGGUUGUCUUUUCGAUAGGAACAUACGCAGUCAACUCAGUUAUCCUCGGCUGGGUCUCCAGCACCUGUGGCCAGACAAAAGAAAAGAAGGCAUCGGCAUUGGCCAUCGUCAACACCUGUGCUAAUGUUUCAUUCAUUUGGACUCCGUACCUAUGGCCUUCCUCUGAUGAGCCCCGCUAUACGAUCGCUAUGUCUUCGAGCGCUGCUUUCUCUAUCGCCUGUGCCGCCGGUGCUUGGGCCAUGAGGUUUUGGCUUAUGCGUGCGAACCGCAAGAUCCGCCAGACGAGUGAUGAGUCGGUUUUGUAUUAUGCUUAUUAA